GGCAGUACAUACUGAAUGACGUGUGUAGCUACAGUGCAUUUCAUAGUCAGCAGAGCGCCAAGGACAGCAAUUUCGAAAUACACUCCGCAGAAAUUUGGUGAUCUCAUUCAAAACAGCCAGAACACAAAUCAGGUACAACAUAGUGCCAUUAACCGAGCAAUGCAUUUAUCCGUAAUUUCCAUGGCUGCCAUUUUGUUGGCGGUCACACUUGUUAAAGGCGACAAAGAGAAACACUCGAAUUACUAUGCCAACCAGAAUUUCAAAAAGGCAUUUAAGCUCAGUCCAGAGGCUCCUCUACCUCCUACAGAUGAGGAAGACGAGAGUACCGGAUGUGCAUUGAAGGUUGAGUGUAAAAACAGGAAAGGUGAACCCGGAACAUCAGGUUUGCCUGGUAUGGACGGUACGCCCGGGUUGCCGGGAUACGAUGGUCGGCCUGGAGAAAAGGGCAACCAGGGGGAACCAGGGUCGUCUGGUCCUACCGUUACUGUAGCAUUUCUUGUCGGUUUGGAUGACCAUCAGGACUCUGAGGAAAACAUUUUGUUAACUUAUAAGCGUGUUUUGUUGAACCAUGGAAAUGCUUAUAACUCCGAGACCGGGAAGUUUACAGCCCCCUACAGCGGUAUCUACGUCUUCCAUAUUGUCGUGUCUGCACAGGAAGGAAAAAAGGCUGCCGUGACGUUACGUCAAACACAUGGAGGUGGUAAACCACAGGAUGUGAUGAGGGUUUGGGCGGAGAGUUUACCAAGUUGGUCUACGUCAUCAAGUACUGCGUACCUCUCGCUCAGCCAGGGAGCGCAAGUCUACCUGACUUCAACGGACGGCAUUCACUCAUAUUAUUACGCUAACUUGUACACAACUUUUAGUGGACAUUUGUUAGCGACCACUUAAUAAACCAUUGGAAUGGGUCUGGAUGAUUGAAAGUGAGUUUCAAAUCAAUAGAUAUUGUGUUGGGGAUGAAAUAAAACAGGUUUGGAAUAUCAA